AGCAGUCACUUAUCAGUCUUUAUCUAUGGUCACUCGGUGUUUUCAGUUUUGACAAGAAACGUCAAGUAAUUUUUAACAAUGGUUUAACUCAAUUCUGUGGGAUUAAUUUAAAAAAAGUGAUUAAUGCGCAGAAGACAUUACCACAUUUGCUAAUUAUCAUGAUAAAACCAGCCGACUAAAAAAUGCCGGACUACAGACCGAUAAACAUGGGGGGUUAUGUGUCCCUAUCCCAACUAGGGGCUCUUCUGCUCAGAAUGAUCCUAAAAGUGUGGGCCUAUUCUGGCCUAGUUUUAGUAAUUUGUUUCCUGCUCUACUACUUAUAUGGCGGGUUUUUUGCUAUGAUGUUACUGGUGUUUGCGAUUACAGGAAUUUUAUACCAAGUUCAAGACAGCUUGCUGUUCUGCCCAGAAUUGCCGAGCCAUUCUAGAGUAUAUAUACCGAUCCCGUCAAUGUUUGGACUUCCUUUUGAAAGUAUCAAUCAUAAAUGCCCCGAUGGGGUCACAAUACACAUGUACUUUAUUCAUCAGCCUAAAGACCGACAACGACUUGCUCCUACUUUUGUUUUCUUUCAUGGCAAUGCUGGCAAUAUGGGUCACAGAUUGCAAAACUGUGCAGGCUUAUAUCACAAUCUGCACUGUAACAUCCUGCUGGUAGAAUACAGGGGAUAUGGGCUAGCAGAGGGAAGCCCAUCAGAAGAAGGGCUGUAUAUGGAUGCCAGAGCCAGUUUGGAUUACUUAUUUAGCAGGAAUGAUAUUAAUCAUUCGGAAGUUGUGGUUUUUGGAAGGUCUUUAGGAGGUGCUGUUGCAAUAGACCUAGCAGUAAGAGAGUUUUACAGCCAUAAAAUUUGGUGCCUAAUAGUGGAAAACACAUUUACCAGUGUGCCCGAUAUGGCCAAAGUUUUGCUAGGUUGGAAAAUUUUGCAAUAUCUUCCGAUAUUUUUUUACAAAAAUAAGGUAUACAUCUACCUAAAAUUCCCUAGCGCUUUCACGUCCGAAACCUUUAUAUUUCAGUUCCAGUCUUAUCAGAAAGUAAAGCAACUGAGAACGCCCACAUUGUUCAUUUCUGGCCAAUCAGACACUUUGGUGCCACCGAAAAUGAUGCACGAAUUGUACGAAAGGAGCAACAGUGUACGAAAACAACUGUUCCAACUACCAGGAGGAACGCACAACGAAACCUGGCAAUUGCCAGGAUAUUAUCACGCUAUCGCGCUGUUUCUGCAGAAUUACAGAAUAUCAGCUCUAAUGCAACAAGCUAGUAUAGAUAUAGAUGCGAAAUCGGACAGUAGUAGUGGAAGUUUGUGGAGUAGUGUCCAGGAUAUAUGAGAAAAAUGGUCAGUUAAAUCAUUUGAAGAAACCGUUGAUUUUUCUUGAUGAGGGUAACAUUCCGGUUGUCGAAAGAGUAUAAUUGCUUUAGACAUGUCCUCGAAACUUUUUACCGCUUGAAAGCAGACAAAUUUGCAAAUCCGUGACUAAAAACGUUGCGUCAACUAGUUUUAUUUAGUAUAAUUGACUUUUUUUAGGAAUACAGGGUGAUUUAGGCUUAGCAUUGACUUCUGCCAAAUACUGCUUGAAAUUGCCCUUUCUUUACAUUUUUAUGCUUGUUAAUGCGGUCAUUAAACCGCUGCAAUUUUACAAUUAAAAAUAGUUUUUGCGUCCUAAAAAUACUCUUGAUGAUCCACCCUGUAUGAAAUAAUUAUACCCGUUGAGCUCUAACUGGAUCAAAAUAUUGUCAUAAUUGAUACCCCUCAUUUAUUACGUGAUAUGUUUUUACUUUCGUGAUAAUUGACAUUAUUGCCAUAAUCUACUUUUAGUUACUUCCUUUGUCCUUUCCCUACACUAAGUGUAGUGCGGAUAAUUACGAAGAAUCAAAUCGAAAACUAGAGCUUGAAAAACAGCCAAUAAGGUUUUCGUGAUUGUUAUAAAUGCCCUAAUAAACGCAGAUGAUUUUUAGUAGUUAAUGCCCUGUAAAGUUGUGAUUUAGAUGUAAAGCUCUAAUUUUCUAGUAAGGAGUAAGUAGGAACUUGUAUUGUAAUUCCAAAGAAGUUACUGAUAAUUAUAAUUAAUUUGCUUUUUUGUACAGCGCAUUAUGCAUCGUCUAAAUAUAUUUCGUAUUCUUUUACACCAA